UUUGUCUACUCUUGCGUUUUGAGUUAACGGUCUAGAUGGCGAAACGCCAACGUUCAAGAGCGAUUGACAAUGCUCUUUUCGAUGCUGCUGUGCAAAAGGACGUAGAAAAGGCCUCCAAAGCAAUCGCGAAGGGCGCUGACGUCAAUGUUGUAGCAAGAGAUGAGGGAAGGUAUGGUAUUGGAUUGUGGGGAAUUCCAUCUGCUCUUCAAGUAGCGUGUGGUGUGGGAUCAACCGAUAUGGUUGAUGUACUUAUAAGAAAAGAAGCCAAUGUGAAGUAUCAAGAGAAGGGGAAUGGAUGGACAGCUCUACACUAUGCAAGUAGAGGUGGUCAUGUGUCUAUUAUGAAGAGAUUGGUUGCUGCUGGUUGCAACAAACAAGCAACAAACCAUUAUGGAUGGACAGCUCUACACGUUGCUGGUAAUGCUGAGGUUGUUGAUUAUCUGUUGAGUAUUGGUCUCAACAUUGAAGAUCAUGAAAUGGUUGGCCACACACCAUUUCUCACGGCAUGUGGUUAUGGUUGUUUACCUGUAGUACAACGUCUCAUCGAAUCAAAGUGCAACAAAGCAGCAACAACUAAUAAUGGAUCAACAGCAUUACAUCUGAUCUGUUCAUAUCCUGGUCUUACGAAUGACCAUUUAUCAGUUGUCAAGCUGUUGACAUCAUUUGGAGUUGAUGUGUCAGCUAAGGACAAUGAUGGCCAAACUGCAAUUCAAGUAGGAGAAGAAGAGUUGCAGUCAGAUCGGGGAAGUCGCAAAGAAACUCGUUCUGCUAUCAUUUCCCAUCUGAAGGAAUGUAUCGAUAAAAGUGCUGCAGCAGCUGUAAAUCCAUUACCAGAUGUUGUAGAAAGUACAAACAUUGAUGUUCAACUUCCCAGUGCUAUUGAUCGUCUGGGUCCAUCUGUGAAAUCUGAUUACAAAAAUGCUUUGAAAAAGGGAGAGUUACAAAUACUACGAGGAAACAUCGAUAUGUUUGGUGAAGAAGAUGCCGGCAAGUCUUCUCUUGGAGAUUCUUAUUUGGACGAGCCAUUUAUUGAUAAGAGGGAAAGCACGAGAGGAGCACACGUGAAAGUGAUGAGAAUUGGAGGCGGUUCGAACACGGACUGGAAGGAACUGAAACCAGAAGACAAAGAACAGAUCAUUGAUCAAGUUUUGGUCAGAGGCUAUCAUGAGUAUGUUGAAAAGCACCGAGAAGGGGCAGCAGACACUAGAGAAGAAGUAACACGAGACGACGAGGGAGAUUCUGUCAUCGAGCAGACAAGUCAACCAGCCGAACAACAUUCGGCAAGUAUUAGCAACACUGUAGCUUUAGCAACAGAGAGACAGACAACCGGACGGGAAGGCAGCAUCACAGUAUUGAAGAAGUCGCUACACGAUUUUCUGUUCUCCACAGAACUAACUGAGGAGCAAGCAGCAUUUGCAGAUCUACUGCGUCGUGACAAGGCUGAAUUAGAGCAAAGUAAAAUGAUGAUGUUGAUCACAUUGUGUGAUCGCGGCGGUCAAGAGCGGUUUCUGAUGACGCACGCAGCACUGAUGGCAGACAGCAGUGACUACAGUGCAACCGCUUACAUGAUAGUGAUGGAUGGAACAAAGAGUCUUGCAGAUCCCAUACCUCAAUGUUUGUUUCGACCAGAACAAGGAAGCGAACAGUUGGUGAUGGAACGGUUUGGUCCUAAGACGAGACGUGAGCUGUUGGCUUACCACAUGAAUUGCAUCAAGAUGGCUCAUCCAUCAGUGAGUGAGGGUCCUUUUCUCGGUCAGGACUAUGUCAAGCGAGCACCAGUCACAUUUGCAGUGUCCACUCGAGAAGACGAAACAAAGAACAUGGAUCCAAAAUUUUUAGAGGAACAAGAAGAAAUACUGCAAGAUGUGGUGCAGAAGAACAAGUUUGGUGAGCACGUGGUGUUGGCAGAGAAAAAUCCGAAUAAACUGACUUUUCGUGUUGACAACACACGUUCUGGCACCAAGAAUCCUGAUCCGGUGGUGAUGAAGGUGAAGGAGAUAUUUGUAGCAAUGGUACGGUCACUGUGGAGUCAACGACAGGCUAUUCCUUUGCCGUGGGCAGUUCUUGAUAAAUUGUUGGGCAGGGUGUCUCAUCAACUAGCAGGCAAUGAAGGCAAAAUACUCGACAUCGAUGAAGUGUGCGAGUUGGCUCGAAAAUUCUGUGAUAUUUUAACAGUUGGAGAAUGUCGAUCGGCACUGAAAUAUUUGUCGAGUUUGAGCACGAUUGCAUUCUAUUCGAAUGUAAGUGAGUUAGAAAGAAAGGUUUUCACUGAUCUACAAUGGCUGGUCAAUGUCCUCACUGUGUUUGUGACCGUCUUUGAUAAGAAAAACAUUCCUCCACAUUUAUGGGAGGAUAUCAACAAAGUGGAGAACAAAGGAUUGAUGUCUUGGCGUUUGGCUCAGUAUUUGCUAGAGAAAGAAGGGGUCAACGAGAAUCAGUUUGUGGCCAUCCUUCAAGUGAUGCACCUAUUCGACAUCAUCUGUCCCAUGAAUACGUCACCCGAGAUGCCGAAGUCUGUCUUGGCAGUUGGGCAGUCAUUUUUCAUUCCCUGCUUGUUGGCACAAAUAUAUGAGAGGCAGAUGGUAUGGCAACAGAAUGUCGGUUCUACUCGGUUUCCUCCAUCUCUCAUCUUUCGUCCCGAGGGAUUUGAUGCGACUCCCGAGCCGAUCUACUUUCGCCUGGUGUCUCGUUGUGCCAGUGAAUAUGCCCAUCCUCGUCCCAUGCUGAAAAGAAGAUAUGCUGUCUUCCACGUGAAUGAUGAUCUUGAACUCGAUCUGGAACUGGUUUAUCAUAAACUGCGUUACAUUAUUGCUACUGUCUACUUUCCAGAUGAUGAAAUUUGUAUGAAUGAGCUGAUACAACAAUGUAGCAUUACUCGUCAGUUUCUUAUUCGUCAGCUAAAUGAGGUCAAGAAAAGAGGAUUGGAUGGCAUCAAAUUUACUGUUUGUGUUAAACCUCCACCAACCAAAGCCGAAGUAGCUGAUUUAAUAGAUGACGAUUGUCUGGUGUGCAUUGAUGAAUAUCCACAACAAAGAAGUUUGAUAAACCGGAAGAAUGAGCGUGUGCUACGAAAUCAGUUUCCUACCUUGGAUCUCUGGUUUAAUGACGCAAGGAAAGUCUCUGAUGAUGCAAUUGAAUGUGACGCAAGACAACAAGACGAGCCACAGACAAAUGUUGGAAAAGGAGAUGAUGAACAGCAGGACAUAAAAGAACCACUAAAGAAGAAAAGAAAAUUGAUGGUAAAGGAAGUAUCAGGAUACUCGCUUGAUUUUGAUACAGUGAGAGAUGCUGUUGUUAAAUACGGCUGUAACCAGUGGUACGAGAUUGGACUCAAUUUGGGACUAAAAGGUGAUAAUAUUAAAGGAGAAACUCAUGAAAUACCAUUUCCCCCUGGCAAGUUGAUGGCUGUCAUUGAGGCAAAAAGGAGGAAAGAUGGAAAAGUGAAGACAGCUGAGGACUUGUUGAGGGCAUGUCAUCGAAUACCCACACCAAUUGGCAAAGAAGUCGAAGACGAAUUGAAGAAAGAGAGAAAAAGGUAGGCGAGUAGCAACAGGAGGCAAUGAUGGAAGUGAACACAAUUGCAGUAGUAUUGUUGAUAUCACUAUGGUAUAUUGGACAUUUAUAUUUAUCAAAAGAAAAUGUUGUAAAUGUUUCUGUUGCAUUUUAUUAUGAAAUACAAUUGAUUGUUUGAAUGGUGUGUAUAUGAUAUCACUGCAUGUGUCUGUGUAAAUCACUGAUUCG